UAUCAGUCAAAAACCUGAAGCGCUCCAAACAAAAUCAACCAAGAUGCAGUUUACCAUCAUACUUGUCCUGUUCUGCGGCAUCAUUGGCUCUAUCCUGGCCUAUCCGAUGCCCGAGGAAGCCACACCACCGCCCAAGUAUCCCCUCAAUCUCGAGGGAGGGGGUGGUGGUCAGAGGGGUGAUGGAUUCGGCUUCCAUGUUUCCGGAAGUGAGAAUGUCUGGAGGAGCGACAAUGGGCGCCACGAGAUCGACUUGAACGGAAAAUACGGCCAGCAUCUGGGAGGACCUUAUGGAAAUUCUGACCCCAGCUACCAGUUUGGAGCCAACUACCGCUUCAGGUUCUAGGCCAUAAAGUCCACAUUGUAUUAUCUGAUUGAAUGUGAAAUAUAACCAUUAUCAAAUAUAACGUGUGCCUGACCAUA